AUUUUCUUUUUAGGGAUAUACAGGGUAAAUGAGUAAGGCAAGCCUGUAACUGGACGCCAGGUGAUCUCUGAUUGGCUGAGCUAAGGUCCCAUCUCCCCCAUCUUCUUUUUCUGGUGCAUAUGCAUGAGAUAGCAGGCUGGUGUGUGCCUGUGCAGCUGCCUGUUCUAGACAGGAAAAGAGAGGGGGAGAAGAACGGAGCAAGACGUUUGGGAAGGUUCGAAAAAGAGGAAUAGAGAAAAAACCCUACUGGAUUUGGAGGGGUUAGCCAUGCGUAUGUUUUGUUUGUCUGGCUGGCUAUGAGAUCAAACCACCAUGGCCAUGUCACUGAGCGCGGACGAGGAGGAUUACGACUCGGACACAGCCGAACAGCAACGGCUACCCAACCGGCCAAAAUCCAAAAUGGCUACUUCAACAGCGACGACUCCGGCAUCAGCCAGUUCUUCAUCCACUGCGACAGCGGUCAAGUUGCCAUCCAACCGGACCUCCUCUGGAGCCCGACGCAGACGCACUCGGUGUCGAAAGUGUGAGGCGUGCGUCCGGACGGAAUGUGGAGAGUGUCACUUCUGUAAGGACAUGAAGAAAUUUGGAGGACCUGGUCGCAUGAAACAAUCCUGCAUUAUGAGACAGUGUAUAGCGCCUGUGUUACCGCACACAGCCGUGUGCGUGGUUUGCGGCGAGGCUGGGAAAGAAGACACACUCGACGACGAAGAUGAGAAGUUCAACGCCAUGCUCAUGGAGUGCUCCAUCUGCAAUGAAAUCGUCCACCCAAACUGCCUCAAGGUGAAAGAUGCAGCUGGAGUGGUGAACGAUGAGCUUCCUAACUGCUGGGAAUGUCCUAAAUGCAACUAUGCUGGGAAGACUGGAAAAGCCUGCAAGCAAAAACGGGGCCCAGGGUUCAAGUACGCAUCCAACCUACCAGGGUCUCUGCUGAGGGAGCAGAAAGCAGGACGUGAAGGAAGAGAGGAGGGAGACCAGACCUCCACCGGUGCAGCAUCUCUUAAGAGGAAGACUGAGAGGGAGGAGACUCCCAGACUGAAGAGCGAGGAUCUGCCCUCACGCCUGCCCCCUCUACUGAGUCCCAGUGGCCUGCCAAGACCACGAUCUGAAGUGCCCAACUUUUUGAGGAAGAAGAGGAAAUUAUUUGACGACGAUGAAGAGGAAGAGGAGGCUAGCACUAAAAAGAAGCCUAAGAAGCUCUGGAGGCCUGAGGAGCCUUUGCUUCCCAAACUCUCUCACAUGAAAACAGAAGAGGAGGAAGACAACUCCGAUGAGGAGGAAGAAAAGCUGGAGAAGCGAGAACCGCCUCGCCGUUCAUUUAAGAAAGACUACAGCAUGGUGAGAAAAGAGGAAGAGCAGGAUGAAGAUAGGCGAGACGACAGGGAUCUACCAUUCAGAUCCCUAAGGCAGUAUAGCAACAUUAGAAAAGAGGUAAACCAGGAGGAGGACAAGGAGGAAGACGAGGAAGAGGAGGACGAAGAUGUUAAACGAGGCAGAGACGGCAGCCCCACACUUAAAAACCACUCGCUAUCGCUCGAGAGUGACGCGUCACGGUGCAGCUCCCCAAGGGCAGGGCCCAGCAGCGAAGGCAGUGAGACUCAGGAAAAGGCACCGCGAGCCCGGGCAAAGCGGCACCGUCGCAAGCCUCCGAAUAGACAGCUCAGUGCAGAGCUCAGCAAGCAGCUCAACAUGGAGAUCCGUCGCACCGAACACUCCCUGGCCAACGAGAACCAGCAGCCUUUGAAGAGCGAACCGGAGGACAGCGAGAACGAGGAACCGAAAAGGAUUGGUUUACGGAACGGGACCGCCGGGAAUGGCGGAGGAGGCGAAAGGGGAGGGGGCGGAGACGGUGGAGGGGAGAGGCCGCAUCUGCGAGCGAGAGAGAUGAACGGAUCGUCGUGGGAGCUGCGGCACUUCUAUCCACCACAGAUCACCCCGUUAGGCUUGAACCGCAGUUCACCUGCCAUCAGGCCGCUUCCCGCUCGAUCCCCUCCCAAAUGCGUGCAGAUGGAACGGCACGUGAUCCGGCCGCCUCCCAUCUGCCCUCCGCCCGACAGGCUGCCGCUGGCCGAUGGGCGCAAUCACAUAGCACCACGAGAAGCUUGGUUGGCUAUCUUUAGUCACUUGAGCCAUCGUGAGCUUUGUGUGUGCAUGCGUGUGUGCCGGACCUGGAAUCGCUGGUGCUGUGACAAAAAAUUAUGGACAUGCAUCGAUCUCAAGCGGUGUAAGUCCAUCAUCCCUCUUAUGUUGAGCGGGAUCAUUCGCAGACAGCCCAUGACUCUGGACCUGAGCUGGACCAACAUCUCCAAGAAGCAAUUAAGCUGGCUUAUCAACCGACUACCAGGUCUGAGGGUGCUCCUCUUGUCCGGGUGUUCGUGGGUGGCCGUUUCUGCUCUCUGCACUUCCAGUUGUCCUCUUCUGCGUACUUUAGAUCUGCAGUGGGUUGAGGGUCUUAAAGACCCCCAGAUGAGAGAUCUGCUGUCUCCUCCCACUGACAACAGACCAGGUCAAAUGGACACACGCAGCAAACUAAGGAAUGUCACAGACUUGCGUCUGGCUGGUCUGGACAUCACCGACAGCUCUCUGCGUCUCAUCAUUAAAAAUAUGCCUCUGCUUUUACGCCUGGACUUAAGUUACUGCAAUCAUAUCAACGAUCAGUCGGUCAACCUGCUGACUGCUGCAGGGACCACUACUAGAGACUCCCUAACCGAUGUCAACCUCUCAGUGUGUAACAGGAUCACAGAUCAGUCGCUGAGCUACUUCAAACGCUGCGGAAACAUCUGUCGCAUUGACCUGCGCUUCUGCAAGCAGGUUAGCCGGCAGGCGUGCGAACGCUUCAUCGCCGAGAUGUCCGUCAGUGUUCCUUUCCAACUGAAAGAGGAUAAACUGCUCCAGAAGCUCAGCUAGUUGCCCUACACAGCACCCUCUAGUGUCUGGGAGGACAGAUCUCUUCAAUCUAAAUGAUACUAUGUAUCAGGUGCACUCCAGGCGCACAUAUUAUAUAAAGCACUGCAUCACGAAACUUUUCGUCAGCUCCUUUUGAAUUGGAGAUGUUGUGUAUUUAAAAGCACAUAAUACUGAUCCUUCUGAAUGGUGUAUUGUGAAGAUGGACACUUCAUUGGACACAUUUGUUUAUCUUUAAAAAGAGAUUAUACACGCCGAACGAUUGUAUUUAAAAUGUGUUGUGAUAGACAGUAGAGAAUGCAGUGGGUAUUUAUAUAUAUAAACAUAAAACAUUCACAUACUCUCUGGAUACCAAGAGUAAGCAUGAUUUGUAUAUUAUUUAAAACCCCCCAAACAGUUUUUGUACAAAAGAUGUAUCAGUUCAGAUUUCCAUGUGAUUGUAUUUGGUUCAGUCCUGGUUAUGUAUUUUUCUCUAAUUUUUAUAUUAUGUCAUUUUUAAAUAUCUUUGCUGUUUGUUUUAUGUCUUAUUACUCCGAUCUGAUCAACGGUUUUGCAGUCGUGAGUAUUGACUGCUCUCGAUUGACUUCUUAAAGUACUCGCUGUUCUAUUGUCAGAGCAGAUAUACAGUAGGUGUGAUAUUUGUUCUUUCAAGGUCUAUUUAUAAAACAGUGCCAUAUUAUAAUCUGUGUUGUGCCGCACAGUUGUAACAGGCAAGCCUUUGGCUAUGUACAGUAAGUAUAUUUCACAGCUAUGCCUGUGUGGAGUGUUGUUCUUCAGUAUCUCUAUUUAAAGAUGUUAGACCAAACAAAUGGCUGAGUUAGAUGGUUGAGUAUUCAUUGAAUUUAAUUUAAUUAAAAGCCAUCAUCUUUUUUUGUAAACAAAAUUUGAACAAAGGUCACACAAUAUUAAAAUAAUGUAUUACAGAUAACUCGGUUAUCUUGUUUUGUACAACAGUCAGCAGUUUAUCUAUGAAGCCAAAAAAGACUUUCAUUCAGUAUUUGUCUAAAAAAGCGAACAUGUACAUGCUUAAUUCUUCCACAGUGAUUGUUAUUGUAAAAUGUUAACUGUGGUAAUGACAGAUGACGUAUUAUUGUAUAAGUUUCGUCUCAGGAAUGUGAUUUCGAAAGAGGGAGCCGUUUUGAUCCAAGCCACAUACCUGUACCACUAUAAAUUAAGGCACUGUUUGCCAUCUAAAACACUCUAAUGUACAUUUGGCUAUUUAUAUUUGUAUGUAAUUAAAAAUUAAUAAUGAAUUGA